AUUAGGUACGAUGAAUUAGAACAACAAGCAAUGGAGCAAUAUAGAACUUCAGAGGAAUCUUUGGCGCUUAAAUAUCAAGAACUCGAACGCCAAGCAAUGGAACAAUACAAGUUUUGUAGCAGUAACGUACAAGAUGAUACAGUUCCACGUACACUGAUGGAUGAUAAAAACAUUUAUGAACGAUUUAAAAAAAAUUUUAAAGAAGAAAAUUGUUUUGGUGGACAAAAAUGUUCCGGUUUUGGAAAAUGUAGUCCUGUGAAUACAGAUGUGAAAGAAGAAGGAGAUGAUUUUCUGCAGAAACAAGGAAAUUUUGUUCGAAUGGAAAAUAAGAAUGAAUUGGAUGUUCCUUGCCGAUUUUUCUCCGAUAAAAAUAGUCGAUCAAGCAUUCUUUCAAAAAGUUUGACUACCUUAUCUGAAGAACUAUCUCAAAAAUCGAAAAACACAGCUAAGGGUGCAUCAGGUGAUAAAAUCAGCAAAAGUGUUUCAGUCCGGACAUCGUCAAAAAGGCGUCUGAUACUGGUGUCACCCUUUGAGAAAGAAUCAGAAGCCAAAUUAACGAGAUCAACUGAUCUAGAAGAAUUUUAUUGUAUCACACGAGCAAAUAAAAAUAUCUUCGGCUAUUACAAUAAUUCAAAAAUCGGACAAAUUGGUGGUGGAGAUGAAAAUAUAACUAUAAUUCAAUCUCCCAGAACAGAAGGUAUAAAUCAUUUAGAAAUUUCAAGAAAAAGAAUGUAUAGCCAGUUUUUUAAUACUUUUUUUUUACUAGUUUGGCUCUCAGGUUUUUGGACUACAUGAAGAGUGAAACUUUUAGGAAUCAAGAAAGGAAUAAAACUCAUUUAAUAAAGAAGACAAUCAUAUUAAAUAGAUUAAUGUAUUUAAAUAUCAUAAUAAAUGCUUCGAAAAUUCUGUAUAAUAUAUAUGCAUAUAUAUUUUAAUAAAAAUGACUUGAUAUUUUUUUAAUUACUAAAUACUCAAGCAUGACCCGUUUCAGGCAGUAUAUACGUAUGUAUUUCAUUUUAUUAAUAUAAUUAAUUCAUUCAUUCAUUCAUUUUUUACAAAAAAAGAGGAAGAUAAGAGAGCAAUUAACAAUAAUUUACGUUAUUUUAUAAGAUCUUUUAAAUCUUUUAAUAAAUCUAAAUUGAUAAAUCUAAAUAAUUUAUAUAAAAUAUAUAAAUAUAUUUUAUUCAAUAUAAUUUAAUCAAGAAACAAAUUAAUAAUAAAUUUGUCAUAUUUAAAUAUAAGAAACAAAUAAUAUAAAAUAAAAAAGUUUUUCAAUUAUACAUUUUUUAUAAUAUGUCUUAUAAUCAAAUAAUGGAGAUCGACGAUUAUUUUAAAAAAAUGCAUCACCGUAUUGAAUUAUAAAAAUUUGUUUAUACAAAAAUGCAAAGAUGAUUAUUUUAAAAUAUUAAGUUUUUAUAAAAUAUUCUUCUUAA